AUGAGUAUCGAUAUAUUAAUUAAGUAUAUACUGCUACCAUUAUUACAAUAUCCAAGCAUAUUGUUUGUUCCCUUCAGAGAAAUUCCCCAAACUGUUAAAAUAAUAUCAAUUUUCUAUUCUGUUUGCUUGAAUGUUUUUUUGAGUAUUAAUUCAUGGUAUAAAUGUUAUGGGGCUCGAGAUUGGAAGAAACUAAGCGACUAUAACAAUGCCGUUGUAGUUAUUACUGGUGGAAGCAAUGGAUUAGGUAAGGCGAUAGUCUACAGGCUGUUUUCCAAGUACCCCAACAUCACCAUUGUAAAUAUUGAUCUACAAGAACUGAAGAUGGAAAAUAAGCGGUUGGUUCAACUGAAGUGCAAUUUAGGAAAUGAUACUGAGUUGAACGAUGCCAUCAAAUCCAUUAAACAAUUAUACUCUGGCCAAAUUAGAAUGAUCAUUAACAAUGCGGGAGUGAGAUCGUCCUUCAAGAACUUUGAUGAAGUGGACAUACUCGACUUUGAAAAUAUAUGUGCCGUAAAUACGAUGGCACCUAUCAAAUUGAUUCAAGCUCUAGUUCCUAAGGCCUCGGAGACAAACUUACACAGUCAGUGCUACAUAGUGAAUAUAGCAAGCACACUGGGGAUUGUCACGCCGGCUAAAGUUACAAGCUACGCUGUAAGUAAAGCUGCUUUGAUAGCAUUUCAUCAAUCAUAUGGAUUCGAGCUUAUGACGAAAAAUCGUUCUGAUAUUAGAUUACUGUUAGUGACUCCAGGACAAUUGAACACAGGCAUGUUUAGUGGCUUUGAGCCCCCUCGUCAGUUUUUUGCGCCUGUUUUAGACGUUGACAAUCUAGCAGAAAAAAUAUUACAGUGUAGUGAAAGAGGUGAAAGAGGUUCUAUCAACGAGCCAUUCUAUGCUUAUUUCGCUCACAUGCUCAUGUCAAUGCCUUUUUCCAUCCAAAUAAUGUUGAGAAAACUCUCUAAAAUGGAUGAAUGCUUACCAGAUGGAAAAUAA